GGCGCCGCGGCUCCCUCGCCGGCCCCGGGCCCCAGGGCGCCCGCUGCUGGGUCGCGGGGCCCUCGAGGGCCAGAUGCCGUGGAAGGAGCUGCAGAUUGACACCAAGGUCAAGUUCAAGUCGCCGGCCCGUCUCACCUAGAAUUCAUCAAGAAGGUCGGGUCUGGAGCCUACGGCACGGUGGCAUCCUUCAAGGACGCCACGACCGGCGAGAAGGUCGCAGUCAAGAAGAUCACCGACGCUUUCCACGACCUCGUCGACGGCAAGCGCAUAUUGAGGGAGGUGAAGUUGUUGCGAGGUUUCAAACACGACAACAUCAUAUCCAUUCUUGACAUGUAUCCGCCAGACCACCCCGACUUCGACGACAUCUACAUCGUCACAGACCUGAUGGAGUCGGACCUGCACAAAGUGAUCUAUUCGAAGCAGGUCCUCAACGAUGAACAUCAUCAAUACUUCGCAUACCAAAUCCUGCGAGGACUACUUUAUCUUCACAGUGCGAAUGUGGUCCACCGCGACCUGAAGCCUUCCAAUAUUCUCGUUAACAAGAACUGUGACUUGAAGAUAUGUGAUUUCGGGCUCGCCCGCGGGUACAAUGUUGACGAGGACGACCCGAACCUCACAGACUACGUCGUCACGCGGUGGUACCGAGCUCCAGAGGUCGUCCUGUUGGCCUCCGAGUACACGAAGUCGAUUGACGUGUGGUCCGUGGGUUGCAUCCUGUGCGAGCUCAUCGGCCGCAAGCCCAUCUUCCAGGGCAAGGACCACCUAAACCAGAUCAAGGUGAUCCUGCAGGUGCUGGGCACCCCGACGGAGGCAGACCUGGACUGGCUGCCUCCCAAGAGCCCAGCCCGGGCCUUUAUCAACAAGAUACCAGUGUGCUCCAAGCAGCCGUGGUCGAGCAUCUACCCGAAGGCCACGGCGGACGGGGUACACGCGAUCGAGAGCAUGCUGACUUUCCACCCGGAGAGGAGAAGUGAACGUGCAGGGGGCCAUAGAGCUCAAGUACUUCGAGACCCUGCACAUCCCGGACGACGAGCCGACCGCCGAGAAGACGGUCGAUUGGGCGUUCGACAAGUUCACGCCCACCAAGCGCUUGCUGCAGAAUUAUCCCUGUUGCUACUUCCACCCGGACAUCGCCAAGAGAGACGCGAAGUUGUUGCCCUCUCGGGGUAUCGAGCCGCCCCCGUGAUCAUCCCUGCUCCUCCCCUCCUCCUCCUCGAGGAGGUGGAGAACCACGACGUUUCUUGGUCUUGGUCGUGGUCCUGCUCCUCCUCUCCCCCCUCCUACUGCUGCCCCCCUCCCCGUAUUUCUGCGCGCGCCAUCCCGUGCGCGCGGGAGCCUGCGCGGGAGCGCGCGCGCGCGGCCUAAAGUUUCUUUUGACCCCCCCCCCUUCCGUGCGCGCGGGAGCCUGCGCGGGAGCUCGCGCGCGCGCGGCCUAGAGCUUCCGUUUGACCUCCGUCGGGGGGAUGAGGCCCCAGCGGCUGGGCUGGACGUGCUCGGGCCCCCGUGCCCGGUGCUGCUUCCGCGCGGUGGCUCUCCGCUGCGGGCGCGAGCGCCCCAGCCACCGCGGUCGGUGGAGGAACAAAAAGACGCCCCGUUCUCGACGGAACGGAGGGGGGGCGCAGGCACAGCGGCACACGCCGGCAUAUUAGCGCGCCCGCACCGCAGCAGCAGCAGCUGAGUCUCCCUUCCGCUCGCGUAGGGCACCGGCGGGCUUACAACCCGCACACGUCGGGG